AUGGACUACUCACUGGAACGUUUGGCAGAAUUAUACAUUAAUGAGAUUUUGAGGCUACAUGGAAUCCCUGUUUCUAUUGUGUCUGAUAGAGAUUCAAGGUUUAUAUCCAGAUUUUGGUCUAGCUUGCAAGAAGCUUUGGGUUCUAGGUUGAAAUUUAGUACCGCUUUCCAUCCACAAACAUACGGCCAGUCUGAGAGGGUAAUACAAAUCUUGGAGGAUAUGCUUCGAGCAUGCAUUAUUGAGUUUGAGGAUAAGGUAAAAAUCAUCAAGGAUCGCUUAAAAAUUGCCUCAGAUAGACAAAAGUCUUAUGCUGAUCUUAAGAGGCGUGAAAUUGAGUAUAAAGCGGGUGAUAAGGUAUUUUUAAAGGUUUCUCCAUGGAAGAAGAUUAUGAGAUUUGGCAAAAAAGGUAAACUUAGUCUACGAUUUAUUGGACCUUAUGAGAUGCUUGAGAGAGUUGACCUAGUUGCUUAUAAACUAGCUCUUCCACCAGAGUUAGACAAGAUCCACAACGUCUUCCAUGUUUCUAUGCUUAGAAGAUACCGCUCAGAUCCAUCUCAUGUUCUUCCUAUUGAAUCUAUUGAAGUCAAUCCUGAUUUGACAUAUGGAGAAGAACCAAUCCAAAUCUUAGCGCGUGAGUUAAAGGAGCUUAGAAACAAGAGCAUCCCCUUAGUAAAAGUUCUUUGGAAAACUCAUUUUGGUGAAGAAGCUACCUGGGAGCAAAAAGAGGAUAUGCGAGUUCAAUAUCCACAUUUGUUUAGGGACUAG